AAAUUCCCUUCAUCAUCCCACCAAAUGGGGAUACUAAGUUGGAUGCAAGACAAACUCAAUGGAGGACAGGGGAGCAAGAAAUCUGAUUCGGUUCCCGAAAAUAAUCAUAUUCAAGAACAAUGCAAGGAAGAAUUGAGUGAGUGGCCUCAAGGACUGCUACUAGCAAUAGGAACAUUUGGGAACAAUAAACUGAAAGAAGAAACCAAUAAUCUCCACCAAAAUCCACCUUCUCCACGAGAUCAUCUGCAGGACCUUAAGCCAGAAGAAGCAGUAAAAAUACAGAAGGAACUGAGCUUGAUAUUGCAGGCAGAAGCAGCUGGGGAAAGUGUAGUUUUCAAUAGAGGGAAAGAUAUCUGUUUGGAUCACACUAAAAGUUCCAUUGGCAAAACGUCAAUAACUUUUCUUCUUAAGAAGAUGCUUGUUUGUAGGAAUGGAUUUUCACCAGCGCCCAUGCCAAGCCCGAGGGAUCUAAUCUCCAAUCAAUCGCGGAUGGAAAGGAUGUUGAGGGCAAUUCUUAAUAACAAGAUAUAUCCGCAAAGUUCUGCUUCUACUAAAAGGAUUUCUGCCAAGUACCUGGAGAGCACAAACAUGCUCAAAUCUGCUGAUAAUCAGUAUGAGAAAAUAGAUCAUUAUAAGGUUCAUGAUGGAAGUACAUGGGUCAAAACUGAUUCCGAAUAUAUUGUUUUGGAGAUAUGAAUCGAUUGUCUGGAUUAACUUUGGCAAGCCAUGUGAAGCUACACGGUGAGAUGUCUUUUUACGUCAAUUGGUUGAAUUAAUCCCAUAAAUAAACAACUUUAAUUAAUAUACAUUAUAAGCUUACUCUCUAUACAAACUCUUUGUGCAGAUGUUCAAAACUGAUUCUUGAAAUCCCAAUUUCAAGAUUGACUCUUGGAAGCAUGCAGGAAUUUCAAUAUAUAUGCAGUAAUGAUUUGAUGAGUUGGUUCUUACUCAAAUAAAGUAGACAACCUUGA